GAGACCGUCCUGCCUCCUCGGUCUCUCCCUUUUUUUUUUUUUUUUUUUUGGAAAAGUGUCCUUGCCUUCGGAUGUCUGCCGGUCCGGCCUGAGGAUGGAGAAGUACGAGAAGAUCGGAAAGAUCGGAGAGGGCUCCUACGGCGUCGUCUUCAAGUGCAGAAACAAAGACACGGGGCAGAUCGUCGCCAUCAAGAAGUUUGUGGAGUCGGAGGACGAUCCGAUUAUCAAAAAGAUUGCACUGAGGGAGAUCAGGAUGCUGAAGCAACUGAAACACGCCAACCCGGUGAAUCUGAUCGAGGUGUUUCGGCGUAAACGCAAGCUGCACCUGGUGUUCGAGUACUGCGACCACACGGUCCUCAACGAGCUGGACCGGCACCCCCGAGGAGUCCCGGAGCACCUUGUGAAGAGUAUCACCUGGCAGACCCUUCAGGCCGUCAACUUCUGUCACAAGCAGAACUGCAUUCACCGAGACGUCAAGCCGGAGAAUAUUCUCAUCACCAAACACCAAGUCAUCAAACUCUGUGACUUUGGCUUUGCGAGGAUUCUCACCGGCCCAUGUGACUACUACACGGACUACGUGGCCACUAGGUGGUACCGGGCUCCUGAGCUGCUGGUGGGAGACACUCAGUACGGCCCCCCGGUGGACGUCUGGGCCGUCGGCUGUGUGCUGGCUGAGCUGCUGUCGGGGAUGCCGCUGUGGCCCGGCAAGUCUGACAUGGAUCAGCUGUACCUGAUCAGGAGGACUCUCGGAGAUCUGAUCCAUCGACACCAGCAGGUCUUCAGCAACAACCAGUUCUUCUGUGGAGUUUCCAUCCCGGAGCCACAAGAGAUGGAACCUUUGGAGCAGAAAUAUCCAAAUCCCUCACAUCAAGCUCUGAGUCUCAUGAAGGGCUGUCUGAGGAUGGACCCGUCCGAGCGGCUGACCUGCGAGCAGCUCCUCCAGCAUCCGUACUUCGACAGCCUGCGAGAGAAGAGCUGCAGCACCUCUCGAGAGCAGGAGCGCUGCAGCAACCGGAGGACACGUUUCCCUCGCAAACACCUCCCCCCCGGGUAUUUGCCACAGCUGACCAGCAGCAGCAUCUUCCCAGUUCUGGACAAUAAGAAGUACUACAACAACCUGCGCAAGUUCAACCAUCACCUCCCGAACAUCUGAACAGGAUCUGGAUCGAACCCCGACAUGUCACCCAGCAGCCGCCCCUGAGAACUGCAGAUUCUGCUACCGCCUUGUUUUGUUUUUACCUCUUAAAGGAACAGGUCUAAACCACGUGUCUGGGUACUGAUGUCGGUCUAUGCACUAUUGCCCAACACAUGUUGGUUCACGUAUGUUUCAAGCUGAUUUUAUAAAGACAAGGAGCGACGCUCUGCUCGUAGUCGACUGAAGGUGAAACUACGACGCCUGGUUUGCCAAAUGUAUUUUUAUUUUUUUGUAAUAUAUAUAACAAUGGACUAUUUAAAAAGAGUGACAUGUUUUAUGUUAGUGAGUUUUAUGUCUCCAGUAACACACACACACUUUGACUCGUGAGCUAUUCUGAAACUAUUUAUUGAUGCCGGGAGUGAAUAUUCAUUUAAUCCACAUUCACCAUCAUAACGCAGUAACAAUACACACAUUGUACUCAUCAUCAUCUCUGAAACGUUGGUGCUCAGGAUGCUCACAGCCAUCUGUCUGUCCACACAUAUUGUACAAAUGCCAAAUUAAUCAAAAGAGACUCAAAAGUCCUUUUGCAUUUUCACAUCUAGUUUUUCCUUUCUCUCUUAUUACCUUAAAUGUAGGAUAAAUAUAAAUAUAAUAAACUACAGAAUAGUUCAACCUAUCGAGAAGAGCUGCCGUCAACAAAAUAAAGUACUUUAACAUU